GGCUAUUAUAAUUGUUAUUUUUGUUGUAGGUAUUGUGGCAUUUUUAUGAGCAAAUAGUUGUCAAGUUGUGUUUUAAGUAUGUCAAAAUUUAAACGAAGAAUAAACUCUUCAACGUCUACAUUAUAGGCGCAUAAUCGACAACUUAACAUAUUUGGUAACAACCAGUACUUUGCAGUGAUGAUGCUGCAAGUGUCGUUAUGAACUACUACCAUCUUUCCGAACAGUUUCAUGGUGUUCAGCAACUAUCAGCAAUGAAAUUUAACACAGACUCGAUUCCCCACGAUGCAGUGCUCAUUACGAACACAGUAGAUGGGAAGAUCCAGUAUUUCCAGCACGGUGGCGGUGUGGUCUCGACGGCGGGGGCCAUCCAGGGCGUCCCGGUCGCGGUGCCCGCCUCCGGUGCGUCCGGCCACACCUUCAACCUGUCUCAGCACGGUCAGCAGCCGGUCGUCAUCAACGCUUCCCUGGGCUGGAACACCGUGAACCGCUUCAGCGACGAGGGGGGCAGGAGCGGGCCGGUGCUGAACAUCCCGUUUGCCGGGCAAGCGGGCACGGCCGUGCUGACGGUGCAGCCGGCCCACCCCUCCGCCAUGUGGCCCAUCAGGCUGGUGCAGAGCGCCCCGGCCGCAGCUGCCGUCGACUGCAAGGAUGCCGGAGAGUCGGAGCAGAAGCAGGAGCAAGAUGCGCCCAAGAACAACGGUGAAACCUUCAGCAGAUCUGUCUCCCAGUGCACUUCGGCCAGCGACGAGCCGGGGGAGAGUCAGCAGAAGUGCGUGGCGAGUUAUGUGGUUUCUCAGACCGAGUGCUACAAACCCCAGUCGAACGGACAGUUGACGGUCCCCAAAUGUUUUCCUUCUAGUUUUUCUGAAAACGUUCAUCAGGGUCUGAAAUACGUCAGCACUUCGUGCCAGACCGUGAAGUGGCAGACCAGUUUGGUCACGGAGCAGGCGCCGGCGGGGGAGACGGAAAACGCGGGCGCCACCUCCAACAAGAAGAAGAAAAACUACAAGAAGCGGUUGCGGCCGGGAGAGAUACGCAUGCUGACCGCGCUGGACGGCUCUCUGCUCUUCUGCUGCCCAGAGUGCAACGUGGCGUACCCUGAGCGGGAGCUGUUGAACCAGCACUCGAUGAGUCACAAACUGCAGCGUCGGUUCAGAUGCGGUAUCUGCGAUGCGGCUCUCAAAAGGAAGGAGCACCUGGACCAGCACAUGAAGGGCCACAAUGACGACCGGCCGUUCCAGUGCACGGUGUGCUCGAAGGGCUUCAAGAGGAACGAGCACCUGACCAGGCAUUACGUCAUUCACUCGGGCAUCAAGGACUUUGUUUGCGUCGAGUGCGGGAAGGCGUUUGCUCGCAAGGACCACCUCCACAAGCACACGCAGAUGCACAUAGCGAAGAAAGUGAAGGCGGAGCUGAAACAGGCGCGCUCCGAGAAAAAUACUGCACAGCCAGUCAUGAGACUUUAUGACAUUAAGCAGGAGAGUUUCGAACCUGCACAAUUUUUCCAGUCGGUAUGUUGAUGCGUUAACUUGUCACACUGGGACUGGAUGUGUUCAUGAUGAUACUUCCCUUUUUUCGUGUGCCAUACUCAAGUGUAUGUUAAAGGUAAAAAUAUCAUUAUGCCAUCAGUGAUGCUUUUAUACACAUUUUUGUUGCUGUUGUGUUCUUGAUUGUGUUGAUCAUCCCAAUGCAAUGCUAAAAGGUAUAAAAAUUUAAACUUUCACUCUGGAUAAACAAGUAAAUUAAACUAAAAUUUUCCAGGGACCAAUCUAUAGUUGUGAUACUUAUUGUAAGGUGUAUGAGGUUAAUACUUAGUUUAUUCCUCCCUUUAAAAAUUUUUGCUUAAUGAAGUUGUAUUUUAUCUUCUUCAACCAUUCAUAUGAUUUACACAUAAGCAGAUCACACCAAGGAGAUGGACCAAUGAUAGCGCAAUUGCAUUGUGUGUGAGCCUUGCGUAUUGCAUGCUCGAAAAAAAAAACUGCCCACACAUAAUGUGUUAAUGUGUUAAUGUAACAACUACAUUAACAUAAUGUAGCUUUGAAAACCUAGAUGGUUGUGCUAUAUCAGUGAAUAGUUAAGAAAGUUUAAAAGAAAAUAGAAAUAUGUUUUACUGAAAUUGAAAGUAAAGUUUUAUCACAUCAAAUAUAAUAGAUUAUAUUCUACAUAGACGCAGGUUUUAACCCUGGUCUAUUUUGAUUUCAGUUUUCAAUGUUUUGUGGAACUCAUUCCAGGACAUUGCGGAAAUGUUUUCUUAAUAUAGGCCAUAGCCACAGUGCCUGGAAUGGGAGUUAGCCCAAAUUAUUCCACAAAAUAGAAAUUUGUACUAUGUGGUGGUUUUCCUACAAUGCAUUCUUUCAUUGGGAGAUAUUUAUUUGCUUAAUUUCUUCUGCAGUUCACUGAAUCCAACCAUUAAAAUUAAUAUUUUCCAAACACAUUGAGCUAUAUUUAGAUCUUUAUUUAUGGAGUCCAUACCAUCUUAAGAGUGAGAAAGAAAGGAAGUGAUGUAAUAUUCAACUUUUUAAAAUAUUUUAUUUUAUUUGCUUACUCACAGUGCCACACACAUUAUAAAUUUCCAUACCUUUUAAUGCUGCAUGUGGUGUUGAGUUUUACAAUUAUUUUAAACUGAUAAUGUUGUGGUUAUACGUUAUAAAUAUUUACUUGUGUAGUUUUAUACUCAUAUUUAUUUUCCACUUUGGAUGGUGACCAUAAAAUGUCCGAAUGAAUAAUUGUUUUGGAUAUAUAUUAGUCACAGAUCAUCUCAUUAAUUAUUUGAAACAAUAUUAGUAACUUACCUUAAUGUGCAGGAUCAUGGGAUGCUGUAUGAAUUUUUUUUUUGUAAGUGUACAAAGUAUUUAUUAUUGAUGUGCGUAAGACAAAAUUGUGGAGCUGGCUCACAGCAACUAAUUAAUAAAAUAGCUGUGAUUUAAAUGAUAUUUUUCAUCCUAGGAUUAGUGAUAGAGGUAAUGAAAGAAUUCUCAAAUAAUAGUGUAAGACUUGAGUUUUUUUUUUUUUUAAGUCUGAAAGUACGCAUUAAAAUCACAUUUUCAAUCAUAUUUUAUACUGUAAAAAUUAGCAUAUAACUUUAUUUUGCCCUGCUCUUGCCAGUGGUUUGUAACAUAAGCCAGAAAGGUUACUUAAUCAUAUUCAUCAAAACAUCAAUUUUAAGUAUGUAAUUGCAUGUAAAGUGUACUUCAUCAGUAAUGAUAAUAAAAGUACAAUUGAUCAUUAA